AUGUUAGCACAAACACUUUCACUCACCUCAUAUUACACAAUUUGUCUUACUGCUAUUGAUCAGUUCUUUUCAACAAAUCAUCAAUUUCGUUUGAGACAAAUGUGUACAAUAAAACUAGCUCGAUAUGUUACCUUCAUAUCUAUUUGUAUUUGGAUAGCUCAUAGUAUUCUUUCUGGUUGUCUUUUCGAUAUUCAAGGAUCACUUGGAUGUGUUGUAUCAAAUCCAAUAUGGCAACAGUACAUAUCCUCCUUUUUCUAUCCAGUUUUAAUUGGCCUUUUACCCAUUGCAAUUGUAUUAUUAUUUAGUUUAUUAGCUUUUCAUAAUGUUCGUCGUAUAGUUCGUCGACAAAUCCCAAUUGUUCGUCGUCGAUUAGAUCAACAGUUGACAGCAAUGGUUCUAAUGCGUGCUGUCAUUGCCGCUUGUUUCAUAUCACCAUACAUUAUAUAUCGUAUUUACAUCACUAAGUUUCCCGUUUCACAAAAUCAGUCUAUGCAAUAUGCGAUUACACGAUUAAUUCAAGCAGUCUGUCUCUCUUUAAUCAAUAUACAUUUUUCGGCAAGUUUCUAUAUUUUUCUAAUAUUAUCAUCACGUUUUCGUCGUCAAGUGAAAUUUCUUUUGGUUAAAAAAUAUUGGCAACGAUUGAAAUACUUGUGUCACCUAAAUAAUAACCAAAUUAAUCCAGAAAAUGCAGAAACAUUUGGUACAGAUAUGGAACUUGCAUAA